AUUGCAAAUUGCAACAGUAAAAGUAUAGAAACAGUUUGCGCACAAUGGCACACCGAAGCAAUUAUCUGGAAACCGACGACGAAUAUUUUAUGGAAUUUGCCUGUGUAGCGGCCAGAAGAAGUAAGGAUCCAGAAACACAGGUUGGUGCCUGUAUCGUAAACGAAGAUAAAGUUGUGGUUGGUAUUGGUUAUAAUCACAUGCCCAAAGAGUCCGAUGAAUUUUCAUGGGAGAGGAAAAAGGAAAAUCCCUCUAAUAAUAAACACAUGUUUGUCAUUCAUGCUGAGAUGGCUGCUAUCAUAAAGAAAACUAUUGCUGAUCUUCAUGGUUGUACAAUUUACGUCACCUUAUUCCCCUGCAAUGAAUGCGCAAAAGUUAUAGUAGAAUCAGGAAUUAAAGAAGUUGUUUAUCUUUCUGAUGCAUAUGCUAAAAAAGAUUAUACAAAAAUUGCAAAGGGAAUCUUUAACACGGUCCGCCUUCGAUAUAGGGCGUGUGGAGAAAAACUACCAGAGCCUGCUCAUCAAGAAGAAAAUAGUACUAAAAAAAGAAAACUAUAAUAUAUUAUAAACUAUUAUUAUUAUAUUACUAUACUAUUAAUACAUAUUAUGAUGUCAGUUUUAGCCAACUAAAUAUGUUCAAAUUUAAAUUUGAACAAUUUAUGCAUCACUUGGUAACUAACUGUAAUCGAAACCUAUUAAUCAUUUUUUAGAUUUUAGUUUACUUUUAGUUUAGUUGUUGGGACGAUUUUUAUUAUCUUUAUAAUAAAUUACAUAAUAUGGUUUUUUAUAGUGUUAAUAUAUUUGUUCAACAAUUU